AUGUCGACGUACUCCGUGGGCCCCGAGCUGAAGGUGCUCAGCCCCGGCAUCGGCUAUGGGAUCAUUGCCGGGAUCGGGGCUGUCUUCUGCCUGGUGAUGAUCCUGACGACCAAGUUCCAGAACCGCUACUUUGCCUUCUCGACCAAGCAGUCGGAGGAGUUCAACACGGCGUCCCGCAACGUCAAACCGGGACUCAUCGUGGCCGGCAUCGUGUCGGCCUGGACGUGGUCGGCCACGCUGCUCACCAGUUCCACCUUCGCCUACUCGUUUGGCAUCUCGGGUCCUAUGUGGUACGCUGCCCUGGGCUCGUCGCAGGUCAUAUUGUUCGCCCUGCUUUCGCUCAGGGUCAAAAGAGAUGUCCCCGGCGCACACACGUUUCCUGAGAUUGUGCUCUCGCGUCAUGGCAAAGUGGCUCACGCUAUCUAUACCUUCUUUGGAUGGGUUGUGAACAUGUUUGUCGGCGCCACACUCGUGCUAGGAGGGUCGCAGGUGCUGGCAGGCCUCUCGGGCGUCAACGUCUACGCCGCUUGUUUCAUUAUCCCCAUCGCCGUGGCCGCCUACGUGAUCCAAGGCGGGCUUCGAAGCACCUUUGUGGCCGACUACCUGCACACGGUGAUCCUGUUCGUGGCCAUCUUCAUCUUCGCCUUCACACUCUACACGUCGGACGAGUACACGGGCAGUCCGGGGAAGGUAUACGAUCUGCUGGUCGAGGCAGGGAAGCAGACGCCGCUGGCGGGUAACCGGGAUGGCUCGUGGUUGACGUUCCGGUCGUCCACCGGCAUCAAGUUCGCCAUCGUUAUCUUCCUCGGCAGCUUCUCGACCGUCUGGCUCGACCAGGCGUACUGGCAACGCGCCAUCGCAUCGAAGCCGGAGACCAGCGUCAAGGCAUAUCUGCUCGGCGGGCUAGCGUGGUAUGGGAUCCCAUAUGGAUUCGCUACCGUCAUGGGCCUGGGCGCCGUGGCAUUGACCGGAUCACCCUCGUUCCCGACGUACCCGAAUCCUCUAAACGCCGCACAAGUGGGAGGUGGAUUUGCUGCUCCAGCUACUGCCAUCGCGCUGAUGGGCAAGAACGGCGCCGCCCUGAUGCUGCUGCUGCUGUUCAUGGCGGUCACGUCGGCGGCGUCGGCCGAGCUCAUCGCCGUGUCCUCGCUGUGGACGUUCGACGUGUACAAGCUGUACAUCAACCCGUCCGCCUCGUCGUCGAAGCUCGUCAAGCAGGCCCAUUACGGCAUCGUGGCCUAUGCGCUCCUCCUUUCCGCCUUCUGCUGCGCCCUGAGCGCCAGCGGCAUCGACAUCACCUGGAUCCUGACCGUGGGCGGCGUGCUCGUGGGUGGUGGCGGCAUCCCGCUGGGCUUGAUCGUGCUGUUUCCCGAGCGCAUGUCCACGGCUGCUGCCAUUGGCGCCCCGUUGAUCGCCUCUCCGCUGGGGCUCACCGCGUGGUUCGUCACGACGCAUAUUCGUUCUGGGACCAUCAACGCCGUCACCACCGGCGACCUCACCAACGCCCUAGUUGGAAGUGCUACCGCCUGUGGCACGGGCGCCGUCGUGGCCGUCGUCUUCUCCCUCGUCUUCCCGUACAAAUACACCUCGAACGAUCCCGCACAUAUUGCCCGCGUGCAGAAGAUCCAAGGUACCGUGGCCCUCGUUCUCCACGGACGCGAGGAGCUCACCGGGUCAGUGGCCCCUGACACGACAUCCACCACCGUCGUGGACGAGAAAGGAGUUGAGACCACCAAGGCUGCCGUGGGAGUCGCCUCUGAACAAGCCACCACCGCCCUCGCCCCAGUCCCCACGACAGGAACCACCACCUCCUCCGCCCAACAACCUACUCCUGGUACCGCCACCGGCAACGACGUGGUCGACUACCUGCUCACCAACCACAUCGAGCCACUGGACCUCAAGGCGUACCAGCGCGCGCGGCGUCUGGCGUUCUGGGGGUGCGGGGUGUUCGUGGUGGUGGCCAUCGUGCUGUUCCCCUUCACCUUCUACGGCACGGGCUACAUCUUCACCAAGGCCGCCUUCACGGGUUGGGUGGUGGUCAGCUUCGUGUGGGUGUUUUUCAGCGCCCUCACCUGCAUCAUCUGGCCCGUGCUCGAGAGUUACCCGACCCUCAGGGAUAUGACAAAGAUGUUGCUGAAUGACACGUUCCGGGCCAAGAAGAACAAAGACGGCCAAGAGGAGGAAGGGGGCGGAGAGAUGGCAGAGCGCCAGCAGCAUGCGGCGCCCGUGGAGACGGCGUUUACCUCGCCGGCUUAG